GCGCGAGCGGCGGCCCCGUCCCGUGUCCGUGCGGCUGCGAGGGGGAAGGGGCCGGCUCGCUGCCCGCCGGCCCGGCCCGUCUGCGGGCGGAUUGAUGAGGGGGGGUCGGACAUGAGUCCGCCGGCCGCCGGGUGCUGCCAUGUGACCGGCUUCAAGGUGGAGAACUGGAAGCAGAACCUGCGGGCGAUCUACCAGUGCUUCGUGUGGAGCGGCUCGGCCGAGACCAGGAAGCGCAAGGCAAAGUCGUGCAUUUGUCACAUGUGUGGUGCCCACCUGAACAGACUCCACUCUUGCCUCUAUUGUGUCUUCUUUGGCUGUUUUACAAAGAAACAUAUUCACGAGCACGCAAAGACAAAACGACACAACUUGGCCAUAGACCUUUUGUAUGGGGGUAUAUACUGCUUUAUGUGUCAAGAUUACAUAUACGACAAAGACAUGGAACAAAUUGCCAAAGAGGAACAACGGAAGGCUUGGAAAUUACAAGGCAUUGGAGAGAAGUAUUCAACAUGGGAGCCAACCAAACGAGAGUUAGAAUUGCUACGACACAACCCCAAGCGGAGAAAAAUAACCACAAAUUGCACCAUAGGUCUACGAGGGCUAAUCAAUCUUGGGAACACAUGUUUUAUGAACUGUAUUGUCCAGGCACUUACCCACACUCCACUACUGCGAGAUUUCUUCCUCUCCGACAGGCACAAAUGUGAAAUGCAAAGCCCCAGCUCAUGUCUGGUCUGUGAAAUGUCGACACUUUUUCAGGAGUUUUACUCUGGGCACCGAUCUCCUCACAUUCCAUAUAGGUUAUUGCACCUGGUAUGGACGCAUGCACGGCAUUUAGCAGGGUACGAGCAACAGGAUGCACACGAGUUCCUCAUUGCUGCAUUAGAUGUGCUACACAGACACUGCAAAGGUGACGAUAAUGGGAAGAAGGCCAACAACCCCAACCACUGUAACUGCAUCAUAGACCAAAUCUUCACAGGCGGACUGCAGUCUGAUGUCACUUGUCAAGUCUGCCAUGGUGUUUCCACAACGAUAGACCCGUUCUGGGACAUCAGUUUGGAUUUGCCAGGCUCUUCUACACCAUUCUGGCCACUGAGCCCGGGGAGUGACGGCAGUGUGGUGAAUGGGGAAAGCCAUGUAUCAGGCACCACCACACUCACAGACUGCUUGCGAAGGUUUACAAGGCCAGAAUAUCUAGGUAGCGGUGCCAAAAUCAAAUGUAGUGGUUGCCAUAGCUACCAGGAAUCUACCAAACAACUCACUAUGAAGAAAUUACCCAUUGUGGCCUGUUUUCAUCUCAAACGGUUUGAACACUCAGCCAAACUGAGGCGAAAGAUCACUACGUAUGUCUCCUUUCCGCUGGAGUUGGACAUGACGCCAUUUAUGGCUUCCAGCAAAGAGAGCAGAAUGAAUGGGCAGUACCAGCAGCCAACGGAUAGUCUAAACAAUGAUAAUAAGUAUUCCUUGUUUGCAGUAGUUAAUCACCAAGGCACCUUGGAGAGUGGGCACUAUACCAGCUUCAUCCGGCAGCACAAGGACCAGUGGUUCAAAUGUGAUGAUGCCAUCAUCACCAAGGCUAGCAUUAAGGAUGUACUAGACAGCGAAGGAUAUUUGCUGUUCUAUCACAAACAGUUCCUGGAAUAUGAGUAGCCUUAUGCAGCAGCUUGUCAGAUAAAUGAAAGGAAGAAAAUAAGCAAGCCUUCUAAAAUGACACACAAACCUACCUGAAAUGAAAAGACCCAUUAAACAACAACUAGCACUGAGCUGUAACAAGACCUACUUGACAUUGGCUCACAGCCUGGCGGAGUAAGAAAUGAACAAUGUCCAACGUGUAUGCAGUCCCGCAAGGACAGAAAGGGGGGGGAAAAAGAGGCUACAGUCAGUCACUUAAGAGCGGAAAUAUAAAAUGAGAGGAAUGCUCUGGGUGGGGGAAAUGGGAGCAGAGGAGUCCGGGCACUGGUACAUCUCCUAUGUUCCUCCGAAAAGUGUGUGGGAAGGCAAGGGGGUGUGCCAUCAUCUCCAUAAAGCAUCUUCUCCAUUGGUGCUUCAGCUCCAACUGACCAAUCAUAUAACAGUUAUUAUUAAAAAUCCAAGCCCAUUUUUGAUGCAUAUGGGUCUGAAAGCAGUAAAGUGGAGGAGGAUGGGAUGACACAACUAAAGGACUUUGCAAGUAUCUUUUUAUUUGUGAAUUUUAGUUAUUAAAUAAAUACAGUAUGAAACUAUUAGGCUCUUUUUUUCGACAAAAGUAAAAGAAAUCCUGGAUUGUGGAACUGAAACUACAGUACUGAGACAGGUUUUCAAGCAUGCCUGCUGCACAGGUGGUAAUCUGCCAUCAGACUGCUCAUCAAAGCAUCUGCACAGAUUCUUUUCUGUUUGAGCCCUUUGUUUUGUUUUGUUUUUCUAUAAAUAGCUAUUUUCUUAAUUUUUUUCUUUUAUUCCCUUUUUUCACGAGAAUGAAAUUCAUAAAUGGAACCAUCAGUAAAAUGAAUGAAUUGGCGUGUUUAUACUGUAA